UAUACAGAAACUACCUGUGCGGCAAGCAGCAGCCAGCGAUCGAUCUCUCACGCAUUAACACACAAGAUUUUACAGGACGCGUAUGUACAAAGUGUUCUUUCUCUCCUUCGCGGAACGAGUUUACUUGACACGUUACGGGGUCGUUCCUUUUCUCUUGUUGUUGCGUCCAAGUAAAACCUGGAGUGACUGGAGAUGGGUUGGUUAGACGAACCGCGAUGUCGUGUGCACUGAGGUAAGGACAACAACCUAGAGAGCCAGGAGAGCUCGAACUAAGGAUGGCCUUUCUCUGCCCGGUGCGUAUACGCCGAGGCAAGAAGAAGAAACCUAGGGUACACAAUUUUACAUUAGAGAAAGAUGGACUUAGUGGACCAGGAAUGGGUCUGUCCUCAAGAGUGCCAUCACUGCCAGGCCGUAUUACUGGAAGUGCAAGUAUUGAAACUCUUGUGAGAGUUGGUAUUGAGAAGGAAAAUGGUCUUUCACCUGACAGUAAAAUGGUUAUUGUACAUGAUUUUACUCCAUGUGUUGAUGAUGAACUUGAAGUUAAGAGAGGCCAGGUGGUUAAUGUAUUAUAUAGAGAAAAUGACUGGGUAUAUGUUAUUGCUGCUGAUACUCGAAUGGAAGGUUUUGUACCCCAUUCGUACUGUGCUCCAUACACAUCACAAUUAGCAGAAUCAACAUUAGCUUUAAUAAAUAAUGUUAAGAAAAAAUUGCCUCGUUCCAUGGAUGACACAGAUCUGGUGUGUUCAGGCAGAUUACAGAGCAUAGAUAAUCAGCAAACGGAUACUGGUUCAGCUUCCGAUUGUGAAAGUUAUGCUCGCAACAUCACAACUGCUGAUAUCAAUGUUAAUCAAUCUAUUUCUCAGUCACAGAAUUCCAUUCAAACGACGCAAUCUCAGGCUGAUGUCCACCCUUUUUUCAAGGAUCCAUCAGCUGGUAGAUAUAUAGUUUUGUACACAUUUGUAGCGCGAGACGAGAACGAUGUGAGUGUAGAACGAGGAGAAUUUGUGACCGUGCUUAACAGAGACGAUCCAGAUUGGUUUUGGGUACUUCGCCAUUGCGAUGGAAACGAAGGUUUUGUACCAUCAGGGUUUGUAUAUCCUGGCCACGUACUUCACUCCUAUGCUACCACCGGUACAACAACGACAACGACCACAUCGGUUUCCGGAGAACAACACAGUUUGGGUGCAAGCAAUGGUAACGCGAUGAGUAGCAACGAACAGCAACAGAAGGAUACCCGUGACUUCCGGGAUGAGGCAACGGGUACAGAGUUGGUGGUACUGUACGAUUAUAAGGCGCAGGCGCCAGACGAUCUGUCGGUCAGGCGAGCUGACUGGAUUUACGCGGACCUUGGCAACCAGACCGUCGACGGAUGGCUCUGGGCAUAUGCACCCAAAACUCGAAAGUACGGCUUUAUUCCAAAAGCUUACGCUAGGCCUCCUGCCAUGACUAGCCUUUAAGCUUCUCCUUGUACUCUUUUUUUAUACAUACUGAAAAUGUUUAUAUAA